AUGGGUGUGGCUGCUCCCAGCGUGCCGCAGCUAACAUGCGUGCGUAAGGCCCCCCCCCGGCAGAGCAGCCGUGAGGCGCGGUGCACCACCACCCAGCCAGCCCCAUCCCGCGCUGCACGGCGCCGCCCGCCGCAGAUCAUCCUGUCCCUGUUCCUCUUCCUGGCCGCCGGCGUGGCGGAGAUCGGCGGCGGCUGGCUGGUGUGGCAGUCGAUUCGGCUGCACAAGGGGUGGUACCUUGCGGUGGCGGGCGCGGCGGUACUGUUUGUGUACGGGGUCAUCCCCUGCGCCCAGCCCAUGGACAACUUUGGGCGGGUGUAUGCCAUCUACGGCGCCUUCUUCAUCCUGUUGUCCUACCUGUGGGGCUGGGCGGUGGACGGCGUGCGCCCCGACACCGGGGACUGGGUGGGCAGCGGCAUCGCCAUCGGCGGCGGCCUCGUGGCCUUCUUCUGGCCCCGGUAG